AUAGGUUUCCGAUACAUAGGCUGGCUUGGGUGAAUUUACACUCGCUCUAGACUCUUAGGUAGCGUAACGCUGCACUAAUUAUAUAAAAAAAACAUGACGAGGUGGCCGAUGACGAUGCUGAGGGAGCCCAUCGCCGGAUAGGCGCUCGUCGGCACUGCUGCCAUCCUACCCGCGGCAGCUGCAUCAUCGGCGCUGCGGCUGCAGCCCCUGCAUACAGUCCGAGCGCGGAAAGGAGGGGAAACAGCCCCCAAAACAAUGGCGGAGGCGAACCCCCUGAGAGGCUUCCCCAGGAUGCGCAGGACGGCGGUCUCCUUUCCGGGGAACCUCCACCUGGUGCUAGUGCUGCAGCCUUCCAGCAACCUGCAGCACACAGCCACUGACAUAGGAUUCCGCUUCAGUCAGGAGGACUUCACGCUCAAGAUGCCUGUGGUGAUGCUGAGCUCCGUCACCGACCUGCUGCGCUACAUCGAAGAUAACCAGCUGAGCUCAGAGUUCAGUGGUGUGCUGGAGUACUGCAACAGCGACUGGAUCGUUCUGCGCACGGCCAUUGAGAGCUUUGCAGUGACGGUGAAGGAGAUAGCUCAGAUGCUGCAGACGUUCGGCACAGAGCUGGCCGAGACGGAGCUGCCAGAGGAGGGAAACGCCAUCGACUACCUUCUCAUGGCGCACACUGACAAAUACAGGCAGCUCAAAGAUGACAUAAGGUCAGUUAUGAGGCAGGGUCGCCAGUUGCUCUCGAACUUGGAGGCAUCAAAAACGGCACCGGAGGACUCCGAGGGACAGAGGGACAUCAGUCAAGACUGGGACAGGGUGCAGAGGUUGCUGGCCCAGCUGCGGGACAUGGAGACGGCUUUCGACGGCUUUUUCGAGAAGCAUCACCUGAAGCUGAAGCAGUACCUGCAGCUGCUGAGAUAUGAACAGAGCUUCCAUGAGAUGGAGUCCUCUCUGCAGCAGAUGAUAGCGCUGGAGAAGGAGAUCGCCUGCGUGGGGUCUACAGUAGCCCAGACCGAGCAGCUGAUUAAAGAGCUGGACACCCUGGACAAGCAAGCCCAGGAGGAAAUGGGCCGAGCCCAGAUCAUCAUCCUGCACGGCCACCAGUUGGCGGCCAAUCACCACUACGCCCUGGCACUGAUAGUGCAGCGCUGCAACGAGCUCCGGCAUCACUGCGACGUGCUAACCGCCUCGCUACGCACUAAGCGGGCCGCCCUUGGGCGCACCCGGGACCUGCUACUGCGGCUAGAGCAGACCCUACGCUGGUGCGAUGAGGGAGCCUACCUCUUGGCCAAUCAGCUGGUGGAUAAAUGCGAGUCCAAGGACGGGGCGCAGGCAGCAUUGCAGGACAUUGAGAGGUUCCAGGAGGGGGCGGCCCCUCCCCUGAGCGCAGGCCCUGAUAUACUCAGUCUUGAAUAUGAGUCUAUCCUCACUCCCCAGCUCCAGGCCCAGAUUGGUGCAGCCCAUGAGAAGUUCUCAGCCAUGCAGGGGAUGAUCCAGAACCGGCAGGCCAACCUCCGCAAGCUGCUCGAUAAGCAGGAGCGGCCGGUCCAGCCGGUGGCUCCCCGGCCAGAACCGCGGUCCAAGUCUCCACUGUUCUCCCCCAAACACAGUGUUGACUUUAACUCCAGCUUAAGGUUCUCUUUUGAUCUCUCUCUUCCGGGAAAGAAGGCAUCCCGGAAAGGUACCAACUCUAAAAAGAUAGAGGUAAUGCAUGACUACCAGGAGAACCGCAACUCCCGCUCAUUCAGCUUUGAUGGAGACGAGAGCCCUGACAUCCUCAGCCGUCACGUGAUGAAAGAGCUGAUCGAGACAGAGAAAAUUUACGUGGAGGAGCUGCUUGCUGUUUUACUGGGGUACAGGGCUGAAAUGGACAACCCAGCCCUCUCAGGCCUUCUUCCCCCCAUGGUACGAAACCAGAAGGAAGUCCUCUUUGGAAAUAUGCCUGAGAUCUACAAGUUCCAUAGCAGGAUCUUCCUGCAGGACCUGGAAGCAUGCUUGGAGAACCCAGAGAGAGUAGGAGCCUGCUUCUUAGAAAGGAAAGAAAACUUCAAAAUGUAUGAACGUUACUGCCAGAAUAAGCCCCAUUCGGAGGCUCUUUGGAGACAGUGUUCAGACUGGCCCUUCUUUCAGGAAUGUCAGAAAAAACUGGAGCACAAACUGGGCCUGGAUUCCUAUUUACUGAAACCGAUACAGCGGCUGACCAAAUAUCAGCUUCUGCUCAAGGAGCUGCUUAAGUACAGUGUUGGUGAUGAGGGAACUUCAGAGCUGCAGGAGGCACUAAAUGCUAUGUUGGAGCUUCUCAAAUCCGUGAACGAUUCCAUGCACCAGAUAGCCAUUACAGGUUAUGAGGGGGAGCUGAGCGACCUGGGCCGGGUGCUGAUGCAGGGCUCCUUCAACGUGUGGAUCACUCACAAAAGGGGUCCCACGCGGAUGAAGGAAAUAGCGCGCUUCAAGCCCAUGCAGAGGCACCUCUUCCUGCACGAGCGGGCACUACUCUUCUGUAAGCGCAGGGAGGAGCACGGAGAAGGCUAUGAAAAGACUCCCUCUUACAGCUUUAAGCAUUGCCUCAGGAUGAGUGCAGUGGGAAUUACAGAGAAUGUCAAGGGAGACAUUAAGAAGUUUGAGAUCUGGUACAGUGGUAGAGAAGAGGUCUAUGUGGUUCAGGCCCCGACCUUGGAGGUGAAGCUAGCCUGGCUUAGCGAAAUCCGCAAAAUACUCACCAGCCAGAAAAAAGUCCCGCAAGAUGAUUCUCUCCAACCCUGUUUGGCUUCAGACAGGCAUCAGAUGUCCACAUCAUCGUCUGAUAGUGUCGCUGGUGUCUCUAUGUGCACUCCGUGGACCCCUGCCCCGCUCGCCAGCUGCUCGGCUUGUUUUGAUGUCCCUCCUCACAGCAAGCUGCAGAGAUCCUCCUACAGCUCAGAGGAACCUGAGUCCGACCACACCAGCUCGGUCCAGACGGACCCGGUCGUCAGCUCGCCUCAGCCACAGCACACCCGUCGCAGCUGGCCUGGCGCCUCGCAGUCGAUCGAUAUCUGUGAGGGGAUUGAGGACUGGAGCGGGACAACCGAUCUCUCCAACAUGUCUGAUUCUGAGGAGGAGGACGCACCCCAGCUAGUCCCAGGCAAGUACAGGGCUGUGGAGGAUUGUCAUCAGUACGGGCCAGAUGACCUCAUCAUCAAGAGCGGUGACCUCAUUCAUCUGUUACGGGAAGAGACUGAAGGGGUAUGGCAGGUGAAAAAUGUGAGUCGCAAUCUGGAAGGUCGUAUCCAAGUUGACAACCUGCAGGUGAUCCUGGGAGGAAGCAGCAGGGGGACCCCCAGCAGGAUAGGAGACCCAGGGAACUUGAAAACCAGGAAACUUAGCUCACCCUGAAAGAAAUCACAAGUUCACUUCCAAGUACACCUUGGCUUUUUUGACUCCUGUUUAAAUUCACGGUGACCUUUGAACCCAAACAGCCUAUUAUGGUGAACAAGGCUACUUUUUGGACAGUGUAAUUUCUAGACUGAAGGUGAUAGAGGAUCCUGUCACAUUAUUUCCUAAUUUUGUUGGAAGUCCCGCUUAGUGGUCACCACCUCACAGAUGGAAGUAUGAUUGCAUCCAGACCACACGAUCGAUUCCACCCUCCCCCCACCCCCGAUUUGAGAAUUUUUUUUUUUCAGAUGCAGUGGACCUUGGAAAUGUGUUGCUGGUGGAGUUUCGCUCUUGGGGAAUAAUAGCGGUAGACCCCUGCUCUUUCAACCAAAGGGGGAAAGGAGGUUCUGGAAACAUUCAUCACCUUUAUUACCUUGUACUGUAGCCAGAGGAGGCCUGUGUAUAGAACUCAUCACACAUGCAGGGAUGGCACAAACAUUCCAAACGUCCUGAUCCUAAUCAGUCUUAAACAGAGCGGAGCGCUAUCUAGUGGGUUCGCUAAUUCGACAUUUCAGGCGACUUUUAGUCUUAAGCACAUGUGGAAAACAGUCCUUACAUCAUACCUGGCUACCCUAUAAUUACCACUCUGCCUGUUAAACACUGGGGAUUCUUAUAAUGGCUUAUAACUCUUCUUAUAACAGGCUUCUCCUUUUACGGACAGAACACCCCAAAACAGGCCCUUCCAAAGCAGGAUGGACCUAUUUUAGGCUGUUUAUGCAAAUAAAAUCAUCUCCAAACAAGUUAAUCAUCUCCAAACAAGAACUUGUCAGAAACAGUGUUAGAUAUGAAUUAUGUCUCUUACAGAACUCAAAUACUCUCAUGAAAUGUUUAUGGUCGUGUCAUGUGCCAUAACUAUGUAUAGAGGGAUAUUUACAUAAAAUGUAUGUCAAUACAUGUGGUGCCAAAUGUUUUAUAAUCUUUUUUUUUCCUAUUUUUCUUUUACUUUUCUUAUUAGAGUAUGACAGUGUCACGCCGCACUCAUUCCUGGCUGUUAAUUUCAUAAAGUAUGUAUUGUACUGGUACUUUCAAUGGCUGUAAAUGAAAAGUACUGGCUCUGUACACGGCACAAAACUACUAUUUUUAAGCUCUGGAAUAGCAGUAUUAUGGAUAAGUGA